CCGCACCGAAGACAAAAAGUCUAACACCAUUUCCUCCUUCCCCGGGCUCGAAUCCCUUCCUCCUCUCCAUCUCUCCCCCCGAUCUCUCCUCCCAUCGUCGGCCUCCGCCCGCUGGAUCCCCGCCGAUCGCCGCCUACAGAGGCCGCUCCACCUCUACCCGCAUCUCGAUCGCCCGUCUCGACCCCCCAUGGACGACUUCCCGGGCAUCCUGGCUCGGGAUUUCGGCUUCCGCCCCCAGGGAAAGUCCGUCCCCAUGGCCGCUUCCAAGGCCGCUGCCUCGUCUGGCGGCGGAUCCGCGAAUUUUGAGUUCGGAUCGGGCAGAUCCUCCGCAGCAAACGGCUCCUGGGGCAAAUCAAGAUCCGGCUGGAAUCCCAACUCCGACAGCGAGCCUUGGCUUGGCGAUCACGGGGUUGAGAUCUCUGAGAGCCGCAGCCCCCCGGCUUACGAUGAUGUGUUUGGAGGUCUGGCGAGGCCCUCGAAUCGGUCGGCCUCGUCUUCGCCCCCUCCUGCUUUCGACUCCAUCUUCGACGGGUACAAUAAGGAUGCGGCUGUAAAGCCGUCGUCUUCGUCUUCUUUGCCUGUUUACGAUAAGCCGGUCUAUGACGAUGACAUCUUUGAUGGGGUGCCUGGGGUGAAGAGCUCGUCGUCGUUCAAGUACGAUGAUGUCUUCGGUUCGAUGUCGUCAGGAUCUAAUAAUGUCUACCCUCCUCCAUACGAGGAUCUCCUUGAGAAUCUUGGCAAGCCAACGUCGGAGUCUAAAGGUACGAGUUAUAGGGGAUCCGCUGUUGAAAAAAAUCAGGACUUGUCUGGUUUCGAUGAUCUUAUUCCUGGUUUCGGUGGGAGCAGUCCUCCUAAGAAAAGAGAGUUUUCAGUGGCUAAUGAACAGAAGCCCGCUGUUUCAUCAGCUAAACCACCUGCCAGUACGACGGAAGAUCCCUUUGUUGUUUUAGAGUCAAAACCUCCCUCCACAUAUUCAGCCUCUGGGUUCUUUGCUGACCCUUUGGAACACAUUAGUAGACCAGAAAACUUUGGGAACGUGAAAGUUGAUGCCUCCUCCAAUAACAGUGGAAUACCUGAUGAUAGUAUUGCUUCUAAUGGAGUCUCAAGAUCAGAACCCUUCUUUACAACUCAAACAAAUGAUGUUAGAAGGGACAAGAGCCCUCUAAAAGGUGCCCAGAACAUGAGCUCUGGACACAGAACAAAACCAUCUUCUCAAUCUCCAAUGGAUGCUUUUGAGAACAUCUUGCCAAAGAUGCAGACUAACAAACCGUCUUACUCUGAAGAAUCUGGUGGCAGCAGUGGUUUUCAAAGUUCUGACACAGUUGGAAGAAAUAUCUCGGGAAAAUUUUCAGAGUCCAAUGAACAACGGGAUACAGCAGAUGAUGUUUGGCUUACUGUUGAUGAGGUUCCCCUCUUCACUCAACCUACUACUGCUCUGCCACCUUCUAGGCCACCACCUCCACUCGUGAUCAAUCAAGCUCCUUCUAGUGCUACUGUGACAAGAAAGGGUAAUGAAUUUUAUAGUCACCACAAUGAAUCAAGAAGGAAGCCUGUUGUAUCUCCAAUGGAUGAACUUGAAGAUUUUGUAAUGGCCAAGCCUCAAAUGCCUUCCCAAGAUCAUUCAGAUAUUUUUCCUGGUGAAGAAGAAAUUGAGACAAAUUCAGCUGCUGCAGCAUCUGCGGCUGCCAUGAAGGAGGCCAUGGAUAGAGCUGAAGCAAAAUUCAAGCAUGCUAAGGAGGUAAGGGAGAGGGAACGUGAUUCAAAAUUUGCUAAAAAUAGGGAGUCCAUGCUUCAAGAAGAUCUGGAAGAUACUGAUAAACAAGAAAGAUUAAAUUGGGAACGGGAACAGAAGGAACGGGAGUAUAAAGAGGAGCGACAGAGACUUGAAAAGGAAAGGGAGCAAGAACUUGAGAGGGAAAGAGAAAGACACAGACAAGCUGUGGAGAGGGCUACAAGAGAGGCCAGAGAAAGAGCUGCUGCAGAAGCUCGAGUAAAGGCUGAGAGGGCAGCUGUUGAGAAGGCAAAUGCGGAAGCACGGCAGCGAGCUGAACGAGCUGCAGUUCAGAGGGCAGCUGCCGAAGCACGUGAAAGAGCUGCAGCAGAAGCAAGGGAAAGAGCAGAAAAGGAGGCCAGAGAAAGAGCUGAAAGGGCUGCUGCAGAAGCGAAGGAAAGGGCAGCUGCAGAAGCACGAGAAAAGGCUGCUGCAGCUGCAGCACGAGAAAGGGCUGCUGUGGAUAGAGCUGCAGCAGAAGCUCGGCGUAGAGCUGAAAGAGCUGCAGUAGAAAGAGCUGCUUCUGAAGCUAGAGAAAGAGCUGCUGCAGAAGCUCGAGAAAGGGCUGCUGCAGCUGCAAGAGAAAAACAACAAAAGCCGGAAAAUGAUCUGGAGUCCUUUUUUGGUAUGGGUGCUCGAGCAACCAGUGCACCAAAGGAAAGAGCUACGCCGUCGGAAGCUAUGUUUGAUGGUCAAGCACAAAAUAAGGGUGGUUUUGAUGCGACAAGGAGAACGACUUCGAGUUACUCCUCCGUCAGAAAGACAGCAUCGACAUCAAAUUUUGCAGAUGAUCUAGCUUCCAUUUUUGGAGGCCCUCCAUCAUCUGGAGAAUUUCAAGAAAUUGAAGGAGAGAGCGAAGAGAGAAGAAGAGCUAGGUUGGAACGACAUCAAAGGACACUUGAGCGUGCGGCUAAAGCUUUGGCAGAGAAAAAUGAGCGUGAUAUGCAGACUCAAAGGGAGCAGGCAGAAAGACAUAGGAUUGCUGAAACCCAAGAUAUUGAGAUAAAACGAUGGGCCUCUGGUAAAGAAGGCAACUUGCGCACCUUGCUAUCAACAUUGCACUAUGUACUCUGGCCUGAGUGUGGUUGGCAACCUGUAUCUUUAACCGAUUUAAUCACUGCCGCGGCUGUGAAAAAGGUCUAUAGAAAAGCAACUUUGUGCAUUCAUCCUGAUAAAGUUCAACAGAAGGGUGCAACUCUUCAACAAAAGUAUAUUGCAGAGAAGGUGUUUGAUCUCCUUAAGGAAGCUUGGAACAAAUUUAACUCGGAGGAGCUCUUCUGAUGUCCCUGAGAUACGUUGUAUGUCAAUUGCAUAAGCUAUCCUGGAGCAAAACUCCAUCAUCAGUUUCGCCAAGGCCUCGAUUUGUUGAUUUUCUCUUUCAAGUUUUCAUUUCUUGUUUCUAAUGUGUUGAUCCAUGAGUGAUGCCUUUUAUAUUAGCUGCAGCCACAUAUUAGAGACAUCGUCUGCUGUAAAUGUAUUUUGCUUCUCAUAUAUCACUGUUUGAGUAGCAGGGAAGGGCAGGAGUGCAACAUAUUAUGUGAAUCCCCUGCUUAUCUCUACUCAAGCCUACGUCACGUUGCGGAACCUAGUUUUGAUAAUCAACGAUCUUGUAAGUGCAAUCUAUUUGUUCCUUUCAUGAA